CUUAUAUUUUGCAGAAUUAUUAUUUACAAAUACAGCAAUAUUGGCGGGACUAACAGUUUAGUUCGUUUUGGUUGUAAUUUGUUAGUUGUGCUGGAGCGAGGAAUUCUAGAAAAGGGGAUUGAAAAAUGCUAUGCUAACAUCUGCCACUUGUCAGGAGGAUUCCACAAUGUAGAGAUACACAAAAAAAUAAUUUUUACCCUAAUUACGCAAUAUAAUUUUUAAAGAAGUGGAUUCAAUCGAACCUCCUUCCAAAUAGGUAGCUCAGCCACUGCUAGUGAGCUGUGAUUAAUUUUGUCAUUCUAUUGAGAGUGUUCCAAGUUGGUUGAGGGAAUGAGUUGUUGACUCUUAUUUUAUAGUCUUGAACAAUCCUCACCUCGUGAACUAGCUGUACGGUUGAGUUAGAGCCAAUAUCUAUUCUCUUCCAAUGAUAUCAAAGCCGUAGUCAUUCCUACUUUUCGUUUAAUCAAUGUUGGGAUUCCAUGUUAUGUUGUCACGCAUCAUAAGUUCAACACGUCCGUAUGUUCAAUAGUAGGUGUGAUGUGAUGUUGAGUCUCACACAUUGGUUGAGAUGAUGAGUUGUUAUAUCCUUAUAUGGUCUUAGGCAAUCCUAGCUUCAUAAGCUAUCUUUCGGCAUUGAAGAUCCAAGGUCCAUUUUUUUUUUGGCACACUCUUGUUCAUGUUACUAUUUACCUUAUGUCGGUUUUCUUAUUGCUCUAUUAUUUUGUUGUUGUUAUUGUUCUUGUCUUCAUUAUUUUCAACAUGGCUUCUUCACUAUUGUUUUUCUUUUUAAAUCUGCUUAGAAUUGCUUUUCUUGAGCCAAGAGUCUACCACAAACAACAUUUCUACCUCCACAAGGUAGGGGUAAGGUCUGCGUACACAUUACCCUCUCUAGACCCCACACUGUGGGAACUAGUAUACUGGGUAUGUUGUUGUUGUCGUUGUUGUUGUUUAUGUUACUAUAAUUUCAACUAUUCUCAUGGAGAUAAUGAGGGAUGUCAAAGAUAUCUGGUAGCAUUUCGUGCAACAGAUCACAUUAUGAAAUGCUAUAAUUUAGAGGCGCCUGUCUUUAAUCUUCAUGUGCUAUCACCAUGCAUUCUUGCCCCUCCAAUUAAUUUACAUCAGGUGUGAUUGUAAACUGGUUAUCUCCAUAGCUUAACUUCACCUGUUGCAGAGUUCAGGGCUGGCAUCAUGUACAUUUCAGAGGAUAAUGAUCUCAAUCAGCCCUUAAAAUCAAACAUGUUUUCUUUGAGUGGGACCGGGUUUUUUGGUGCUGUUGGCCGUAGCAUAAACUUGGGAGGUCAAACUGCUCUAGCAUUACGAGUCUUGCUGGCGCUUUUCUCUUCAAAAAUGUCUGCAGGUGUUAAUCGUCCUUUUGGAGAUGAGUUUCGUGCUGCUCGAAAGGCUGCUGAGGACAUUGGUGCUCAAAUAGUAUUGGGGGAUCGACCAAUAGAAAUAACUCUUGAACGAGCAUGGACUUCGCUAAAGUGGAAUGAGAAGAUGAACUUGAUGGUCUCUGUCUUUAGCGGAAUUACCUCAUCUGCUGAACUAUCAACUAAGGCAUUAAAGGAAUCAAAUUCUGAUGAUAGCAACUUUCAACUGUAUGAGAAGCUAAGCUUUACAUAUCCAUCUCUUCUACAGCCACUCCUACAUGAACGUGACACGUUUCUUGCAUGGUCUCUGAAGAGGAGUAAAGCUGUGAACAAAAGUAAGCAAGUGCUAGGGAUAAUUGGGAAGGGCCACAUGAAUGGAGUUAUAUAUUCUUUGGUGUCUGAUCAAGGGAACUUGCGCUUUCGAGAUCUAGCUGGGAACAAACCUUCAAAGCAGCUCUCUGGCUGGGCUACUACUAUAUUUGGAAACUUGCUAAGAGACACUGCAAUCGGUUUCCUACUAUGGCUCUUAUAUGAAAAAAUAACCAGUGGAUUGAAACUUAUUGAUUAAACUCUAAUACCAACUUCCAGGCUUCUUAUACACUCAACUUACACAGAUGAAUACUUGUAUCUGGACAGCCAUUAGGAAACAAGAUCGACUCCAAUUUUGUGAACUAUUUCUCAAGCAAGAUAGCAGAGUCAUCGAAGAGUUGUGAAGAAUGGAAUAGUUAACAUCUCUCAUUUUAAGUUCUUCGAUGGUAAUAUAAUGUCUUUUCAAGAAAUGUGCUUAUAGUCUUCAAAUAGUUAAAGAAGAUGCUGAGCUACAAUAUAGUAUAUUCUAGUGGAAAUCCUUCUAUAUUAGGAAAGUUCACUGAUGCUUGGUUGGAUUAAUGAUAAGGAAGAUUCCUCUUCCACAAAAUACUUGUUUCCCAGUGUUUGGUCACAAUAAUACUGAUUGAUCUGAA